AUGUCAGACUUCAACUACACCCUCAUCUCAGGUGCUAACCAAGGCCUCGGGCUCGCAAUAGCCACCCGACUUGCCAAAGAGCAUGGGCACCAUGUGAUCAUUGGCUCGCGCAAUGCAGAGGCUGGUGCCAAGAUUGCAGCCACUUUCCAGGCAGACGGCCUUUCUGCGUCAAGCGUGCAGCUUGACCUUAGUUCUGACGAUUCCAUUGCGGAGGCUGCUGCAAUCAUUCAGAAACAAUUCGGUCGCUUGGACGUUCUGGUCAAUAACGCUGGCAUCCUCUUAGAUAGGUCUGAACCUAAACCGGAGACUCGCGACUUGUACGCCAAAACGUUUAACACAAAUGUUUUUGGCACGGCAUGUCUGACCGAGGCCAUCUUGCCGUUGCUUCGCAAAUCAAUACUGCCGCGCGUGGUUUUUGUAUCUUCGAUCAUGGGUUCGCUUGCACAGGCCAAAGUCCGAGAUACACCAUUUUACGAUAUUGACUAUAGGGCGUACGACGCCAGUAAGGCUGCUCUAAAUAUGAUGGCGUUAAACUAUGCCCGUAUCCUGGAUGGUUUCGGUGGUCGCGUCAAUAUCGUCUGUCCGGGCCUAGUUGCCACUAACCUUGGCCCAGGAGUCGAGUACGGCCAGCCACCCUAUAUUGGUGCACAGCGUAUUGUGGAACUGGCUGCCUUAGACAAGGGCGGUCCGACCGCGACUUUCUCAAAUAGAGAUGGUGAUUUGGCUUGGUAAGGGAGUUAUGAGAUUGGUGUUGGGGGUGAGAGAGAUCGCGGUGCAUUGCAAG